GGCCGGGUUUUAUUUCCGCACACGUCAUCAUCCUGCGCCGACGCGUCACUGGCAACGGGGACGUGUAGUCGGAUAAAAUUGCGUUAACUGCAGCGGUAUUCGUUGACAAACCGUACAUUUAGAAAAAAAAACAUAAUAUAAUGUUCUGACAGUUGUUUAGUUCAUGUUGUUUUGACCCUGAGUGGUUUUAUGUGUUAAAGAUAACUCUUGAGAUCUCUAUUGUGCGACUCUGCUGCUGUGCACGUGCGCCUGUGUGUGUGUGUGUGUGGACAGAUUCAACAUGGACUCCAGCAAAAGAAAACGUAGUAAAAUGUCUGCAGUGCUGGUGGAUGAAGAGGAGGAGCUUUCUCCUGACGAGGAGAACAUGAUCAGUGCCAGUGAGGAUGAGGAGGGUAGUGAUGAUGACAGGAAACACGCCAAGCUCCUGGAGGCCAUCAGCUCUCUGGGAGGGAAGAGAAGGAGGAAGCAGGCAGAGAGAACGGAGGCCAGUCUACAGGUCUCGGAGUUCUCGAUGAACGCGGAGGGAGCAGGAGAGAAGAUCAAGCUCUCAGACCUGCUGGGUUCCAUGGAGAAAGCGCCGAACACCACCAAGAAGCAGCUGAGGAAACUGCAGAACUCGAAAGAGACGCUGGAGCUCCCGCUGAGCCGGCAGCAGUCUGAGAAGAUCCAGAGGAGUGUGGCGUAUGAGCGCACCAGUAACGAUGUGUCCCGCUGGGAGAGCGUCAUCAGGCAGAACCAGAAGGCCGAGCAGAUCGUCUUCCCUUUAAAACAGGAACCAUCUCGACCCAAACGUGUGGAGCAGGUGGUGGCCGGCUGGAAGACUCAGACCCCUCUGGAGCAGCAGAUCUUCAGUCUCCUGCGCAGUAAUAAUCAGCCGGUCACUGACCCCGUGUUGACCCCUGUGGAGGAGGCGUCCAUCAAGGCUAUGAGUCUGGAGGAGGCGAAGAUCCGGCGUGCUGAGCUGCAGAAGGCUCGAGUGCUGCAGUCUUACUACGAGGCUAAAGCUCGGAGAGCGAGAAAGAUCAAAAGCAAGAAGUAUCAUAAGGUACAGAAGAAAGCUAAACAUAAGAAUUUCCUGAAGCAGUUUGAUGAGAUGAUGAAGACGGAUCCAGAUGCAGCGCUGGAGGAGUUAAAGAAGAUGGAGCUGUCCCGGAUGGAGGAGAGGAUGUCCCUCAAACACCAGAACAGCGGCAAGUGGGCCAAGACCAAAGCCAUCAUGGCCAAAUACGACGACUCUGCCCGUAAAGCCAUGCAGCAGCAGCUGGAGCUGAACAAGGAGCUGACUCAGAAACUGGUCGUGCCGUCAGACGACGACGACGAGGGAAAAGACGACGAGGAAGAGCCGAGCGCAAUCCCCGACCUGGUGAACGAUCCCGAGUCAGUCAGCGACACUGUGAACCCGUGGAUGAGAGGCAGGCUGACUGCAGAGGGUCACGAGGUCACGGAGGAUCCUCACACCAUGACCGUAGAGGAACCAGCAAGAAGCCAGCAGCAGGAUGAGGAAGAAGAGGAGGAAGAGGACGAGGUGGAGAAUGAGGAAGAGCAACUGCUGAGGCACUUUGAGACUAAACGGAAGCUGAGGCAAGAUGAGGAAGAUGAUCUGGUCCCUUUGACACAGGAGGAGGAGGAGGAGGACGACGACGGCGAGAAAACGGCGAGAGAUGUACAGAACGAGGAGGAGGAGGAGGAGGAGGAAGAAGAAGAGCAAGAAGAGGUGGUGUCUGAAUUCAACACCUUGUUCAACAGGUUGAUGAACACUCGCACAGCCACGGAGCCGCCGCCACCCGGUAAAGCUGCUCAGGUGGAAGAGGCGGAGCUUGCACAUGAAGAAGAGGGGCUUCUGGAUGAAGGGCCGGUCCGUGCUCGCACCAUGGAGGACCUGGAGGCUCUGGUGCAUGAUGGGAUUGCGGAAGAGCCUGUGGUGGCUGUUCCACACGCUGCCAGCGUGGACACGGCAUCUGAGCCACGGAGCACGAAGAAGAAAGGAAUCGACCUGAGAGAAGUGCUCACUAAAGACGCCAACGGGAUUAAAGUGCCGCUGGCGCCGACCGUGCAGGAGGGAGAUGAGGAAGAGGAGGGCUCAUCGGCGCAGAUGUCCAUCAUUAAAGAGGCCUUCGCAGGAGACGACGUCAUCUCCGACUUCCUGAAAGACAAAAAGAAACAGGAAGAGGCGGGGAAACCCAAAGUGGUGGACCUGACCCUUCCAGGAUGGGGGGAGUGGGGCGGAGUCGGACUCGAACCUUCCAAAUACAAACGUAUGAAGUUUCGGCUGAAGCCUCCUCCUGCUGCCCCAAGAAAAGACAAGAAGCUUCCAGCUGUGAUCAUCUCUGAGAAGAGGAACUCGUCUGUGGCGUUACAUCAGGUGAGUCAGUUGCCGUUCCCGUUCGAGAACAGCUCCCACUUUGAGGUGUGUAUGCGUUCUCCUAUUGGUCAGACGUGGAACACGCAGAACUCAGUGAAGAAACUCACUGCUCCCAAAGUGGUGACCAGACUGGGCUCCAUCAUCGAGCCACUGAGGAAGGAGGACUUCCUGCCGGAGGAGAAGAGCGCCGCUGCGAUGAAGAAGCAACCGCAGAUCGUCCUGGAGGAGAAGAGCGGGAAAGUAGGGCAGAAAGGUGGCGGAGGCAGGAGAGCAAAGAAACAACAGCAGCAGAAGAAGAAGAAAGCAGAUUAAAGGAGUGAAUAGUGUGAUGGUGAUCAGGUUGGAUGAUUGACUUUUGGACUCGAAUUGUCCUGAACGAAGAGACAGAUGACUUUAAACUUCAUAAAGGACAGAAUGUGAAGCUACAGUGAACUGAUUUAAUACAAAAGUCCUACAAGACAAACUUGUUAAAUGUAAUCAGCUUGUUUUUGAUGGAGUCUUCUGACCUCCUUCUGUUUCUCACCUGGAAUUAAACUUCUUACUCGUA